AUGUCGUCGUUUCGGGCGACUGCCAGGACAUCUGGCUCGCUGCUUUGUCGAGCAUGCAGGCGUCCCGUCCCCGCGCAGUCAUUCCUGGCGCAGAGUAGGCGGGCAUUGUCCUCCGAGGGCCAACAGAAGCUGCUCUCCUCGCAACUCGAAGAAGCUGACCCGACCAUCUUUGACAUCAUCCGCAAGGAAAAGAGACGGCAGAAACACUUUAUCAAUCUCAUUCCUUCAGAAAACUUCACCAGUCAGGCGGUGCUGGAUGCGCUGGGCAGUGUGAUGCAAAACAAGUACUCAGAGGGUUAUCCUGGAGCACGAUACUACGGUGGAAACGAGUUCAUUGACGAAGCAGAACGACUCUGCCAGCAGCGAGCAUUGGAGACGUUCGGAUUGAAAGAGUCAGAAUGGGGUGUCAACGUACAGCCUCUCUCUGGCUCGCCUGCCAACCUCUACGCCUACUCUGCCCUCCUCAACGCGCAUGACCGACUCAUGGGCCUCGAUCUUCCCCAUGGAGGCCAUCUUUCCCACGGGUACCAAAUACCGAACAAGAAGAUCUCCGCAAUCUCCAAAUACUUCGAGACCCUCCCUUACCGCCUCGACGAAAGUACCGGCCUCAUCGACUACGAUAAAUUGGAAGAGAUGGCAUUGCUCUACAGACCCAAGAUCAUCGUUGCUGGGACAAGCGCUUACAGUCGGCUGAUCAACUACGACCGAUUCCGUGAGAUUGCGAACAAGGUGGGCGACUGCUAUUUGCUCAGCGACAUGGCACACAUCUCUGGUCUCGUUGCCGGUGGUGUCAUUCCCUCACCGUUCGAGUACUCAGACGUCGUGACUACGACAACGCACAAGAGCUUGAGAGGACCAAGAGGUGCCAUGAUCUUCUUCCGAAAGGGUGUGCGAAAAGUCGACAAGAAAGGCGUGGAGACGAAGUACGAUUUGGAAGGACCGAUCAACUCGUCGGUCUUCCCAGGCCAUCAAGGAGGUCCACACAACCACACCAUCACAGCCCUGGCUGUUGCGUUGCACCAAGCCCAGCAGCCAGAGUUCAAGGAAUACCAGCAGCAAGUGCUUGAGAAUGCGAAGGCUCUUGCGGCACGUUUAGGAAACGGAAAAGAGUCGGAUGGUCUUGGCUACAACAUUGUCAGCGGCGGGACGGACAACCACCUGGUGCUGGUCGAUCUCAAGGACAAGAACAUCGACGGCGCUCGAGUCGAGAGGAUUCUGGAGCUUGUAGGUGUUGCUGCCAACAAGAACACGGUCCCUGGCGACAAGUCCGCAAUGAAGCCUGGUGGGCUACGAAUGGGUACGCCUGCCAUGACGACUCGAGGCCUGCAAGCAGCCGAUUUCAAGCGCGUGGCGGAUAUUGUCCAUAGGGCGGUCAACAUCACCAAGACGCUAGAUGGCAAGGCAAAGGAGGCAGCAGAGAAGAGUGGACGAAAGAACCCAGGCAGUGUGGCUGCUUUCAGGGAGUACGUGAAGGAGGGGGAAGAGGUCGUAGAGAUCGUGGAACUCAGGAGAGAGGUGGAAGACUGGGUUGGUACAUUUGCUCUGCCGUGGGACAAGACGUCGUAA